CAAGAAGUUUGCUCUGCUAAAUCCAACAUAAAAGAAGGAAAAAGAGGAUGAAGAAUUUUGCUUUGCCACUCCAAAAAUAAGGAAAAAAAAAAACUUUUGCAAUCUAUUUGCUCAUUUUUCCAACCAACCCUCAAAAUCCGAGUUUUUCGCUAUCUCUCCCUUCACAUCAUAACGAGAUUUCGUGCACCUUCGACAUUACUUUGCGGUUUUCACCUCUAAAUCUGCCUGCCCGCCAAUUCUCCGUCUUCUCGAAUCCCUCUCCAUCCAAAAUGAACUCCGAUUCCUUUCUUUUCUCCUAAGCAAUUCCUUCUUCCUCCUCGAUUCAAUUCGCUAUUUCUGUUCCCAAAACAAGAUUUUUCCGAUCGCUGAGGCAGUUGACUCCGAUGGCUGCUUGCAAGCGCGCGCUUCAAUUAGGGUUUAAUUCGUGUUCGACCUCGUUUGCGUACAGAUCUCACCACCGGCAUAUUUCUCAACUCGUCAAAUCUAACGGAAAGCGCGCAUUCCUCGUCGAUACCUUGGCUCUGGUGAGAGGUUUGGAAGCCCAAGGAGUACCAUCAAAACAGGCGGAGGCAAUUACAGCUGCUAUCACUGAAGUGUUAAACGAUAGCUUGGAAAAUGUGUCGCAAUCUUUUGUUUCCAAGGCGGAAAUGCAAAAGACUGAGAUGCUUCAAGAAGCAAAUCUGUCAAAGUUUAAAUCUGAAGUAAAAAGUUCGCAGGAGCAUCAUUUUUCCAUGUUGCAACGUGAAACUGAAAAACUUAGGGGAGACAUAGAGAAAAUGCGUAGUGAGUUGAGGUAUGAAAUUGACAAGGUCACAGCUGGGCAGCGACUGGAUUUGAAUCUUGAAAGAGGGCGCAUACGUGAUGAACUAGCAAAUCAGAAUGCAGAAACUACAAACCUAACGAACAAGCUGGACCGGGAAAUUCAUGCUUUAAGAGCCCAACUGGAAGCCGCAAAAUAUGAUGUGAUCAAAUACUGCAUUGGUACCCUUGUCUCCAUAUCUGCAGUUGGCCUAGCUGUAGUCCGAAUCUUGAUGUAAGGUUAUAUCUGCUGUUACUAAUGCCUGAAUUUUAAUACAUUAGUCUUAAAAUGUCAUUCUUUUUCCGACAUCUGGAUCAAGGAAAUGAAAAUUGGGACAUAGAUUGUUAUUGCAAGAUGAUCUCAAAGAGACAGAUCCAAGCAGGUCGGAACAAUUGCUGUUUGCUUGUUUUUGGAUGCAGCCCUGUUUAUUUUGUACAACUCUAUUUUUCUCUUCUAUUUUAGAAGCAAAGGUGUUAUUUGUAGCGUGUGUAGGACACGCUUUCAAAGUCAAGCACCACUGCACUGCACCAGGACUAGUUAUUCUGUCCAAGCUGCAAUGGUGCACUUGUAUAACUUCAUGUCUUUUAGAAAGAUUGUCCUAAAAAUUCAGAAAUGGGUAGAAUGCAAUACUUUCAAAAGCAGUUCCACCCCUUUUUUUCUCAAUGGUGGUUUUUAGAAAGGAAAGUGUUGUGUAGUUUUGUAGUGCAAUACUGAUCAUUGGGUGGGGAUGGCGUCUUUUGAUGUUAGGGGUCUUUUUCUCAUCCAAUGGUUCUUGUUUUACAACUUAAACACUAAACUGUAAAAUAUGGUUCUGGACUGUAAAACAGGGCAUUUUAAGAAAAGGAAUUUAUAGAU